UCAGGGACAGGCUUAGCUGCCAUGUGGCUCCCUAAGAUUGUGGCUCUAUCGCUCCUUUGCUCCGUAAAACCAUCGCCAGAGGCCUUUCGAAACUGCGGACAGGACAAGCAGUGUGUGCCGUAUGAGCAAUGCAAUGAGGGCUUGUACGUCGACGGAAAAUUCUAUGCGGAUCGGAGUCGAACAACGCUGGAUGAGAACUGUCACUAUAUGGAAAAGUGCUGUAAUAACCAGGAUACUCUUCCCGCACCUUUACUUCCUCAAGAAGUUCAAAACUGGACAUGUGGCGGCCGCCAUGAUCUCUGGUAUUAUCUGCGGCCACUGGGCUACAAGCAGCAGGAGGCGAAAUUUGGGGAGUUUCCUUGGCUCACGGCCAUCUACUCCAAAGAAGGUUACCUGUGCAGCGGAGCUCUUAUCACACCAGUGGCAGUGAUCACAACGGCCCACUGUGUGCAGAACGAGAAAUCGGAGAGUCUGCGCUUGGUGGCCGGGGAGUGGGAUGCUGCCGUGGAACUGGAACCUCAGCCGCACCAGGAGAGAUCGGUGAUGGAGCUAUUGCUGCAUCCAAACUAUACGCAAAUACCGUUAGUCCACAACAUAGCGGUGAUCCUGGUGGCCCAGGAUUCUCCCUUUUGCCUCAGCCCCAAUGUCCAGCCCAUUUGCUUGCCGCCUCCGAAAAUGGUGUACAACUACAGCCAGUGCUAUGUGUCCGGCUGGCAGAGGAGCGACUUUGGCGGAAAGGCUAUCCUGCCCAAGCGAUGGACUCUCUACGCCCUGCCACCGGAUCAGUGCAGGGCCAAGAUGCGACUCUCUGUUUUGGGGCGGCGGCACUCCCAUAAUGAGUCAUUAUUGUGCGCGGGUGGCGACAAAGGUGACUUUGUCUGCGGGGACGUUGAGAUGGCCGGGGUGCCUCUCAUGUGUCCCCUUCCCGGUCAUGAUGACCGCUUCCUUCUGGCCGGUCUGCUGGCUAGGCCGGUCCGGUGCGAUGGGACCCAGUUGCUGGGCAUUUACACGAACCUUCAGUUCUACCGGCAGUGGAUCGAUCUGAAGCUAAGGGAAAGGGAACUAGACAUAAGGCACUAUAUGGUUUAAGCUGAUCGGAACAAUAAAUAAAUAAAUAUUCCAAGAAUA